AUGCAUUCAUCUUCGGAAGUUGAAGUUUUACCGUCUCAAGUUUCAAGUUGUAGUACUAAUUUACCCAUAAAUAAAUUACUAGAAAACUUAAACAAAAAUCAGCGUUUAUUACAAUCACUUCCACAAAAUUAUAAAAAACGUGAAUCAUUUACUGUUUUAUACAAAACAUUAGUCAACGAUUAUUUUUAUUUACAUGAACGACCUGAUGUUCAGUUGUCUGCCGCAAUUUGUUUGGCUGAUAUCAUUAGAAUAUGGGCUCCAAAUUUACCCGAUAUACCACCAGAAAAAACGCUUAAUAUGUUCUUAUUUUUGGCUCGACAAUUAUCUGGAUUAAAAGAUAUAGAUGAUCCGUUGUAUAAUAGAAGAUACUAUUUGAUUGAAAAUUUAAGUAUGGUUCAAUCAUUUAUACCAGCAAUCAGUCUAGAAGAGAACAAUGGAUGUCAGAUUAGUAGUGUCAUUUUUACAAAUUUAUUUAAUGCUGUACAGAAAAACCAUAGUGUUCAAUUGAAAAAUUUGAUGAACGAUCUACUAUCUGUUCUCUUAGCUGAAUAUGAAUCCGUACCAUUUCCAUUAUUAGAAUUAUUGUUUGAACGAAUAAUUGAUCCUGAGAAGAAAUUGCGAGAAGAAUGUUAUGAAUUAGUUGAAUCAAUUAUACGAAAGACCGAAGUCUAUCUCAAAUCAGCUAUUGUUAAUUAUUUCAAAGCUGUUCUUGUAACAGAAGACAUUGAAAAUUUAAAAUUGGCAAAUAAAAUCUAUUAUAUAUUUGACGAAUUUUGUCAUAUAUCCGAAUCGAUUGUUGAUGAUCUAAUUCCGUUUAUCGAACAUCGUUUAACGGUAGCAAAUGAAAAACAUCGUCGUGAUGCAACAAAAAUUGUCGCAUAUGUCUUGAGUUCACCAAAUAAUGAUUUUGCUUUAAAACAUAAAAGUCUUUGGACAACAUUUUUACAAAAAUUUCGAGAUACCACAGAUAUCCAAUUGACAUGUAUUAAACCGCUAAAAAAUUUUUUUUUCAAUCAUCAAGAACUACGUGCAGAUUUAGAACCAUUGAUUUAUCAACUAAGUCAUUCACCCGAUCAAGAAAUUCGAACUCAAAUAAUUGCACAAGUACGAGUAAUAUUAAAUGGUAAUUUAGAGAAUAUUAAUGCAACAAUGAGAUCAAUUUUAAUUGAAAGAGCAAGAGAUAAAGUGUGGGAAAUUCGUAAAGAAACAUUGGAUUUUCUUGGUCAUUGUUAUAAAAAAGAAUGUUCAUCUGGUAGUUGGUCAGAUAAAAUUCAAAAGCAAUUAUCAUGGGUGGCUAAUUGUAUCAUUAAUUUGUAUUAUCAAGCAUCAUUACAAGAUAAAUUAUUAGCCGAACGAAUACUCAGUUUUUAUUUGAUGCCAUGGGAUUUUUCAGCAGAUGAAAAAGUUCGUGUGUUACUUAAUUUAUACUCAAAUGUUGAUGAAAAUGCUCAACGUGCGAUUCGAGAAAUUUUCAAUACCAAGUUUAUUUUUCGUCGACAUUUACUCAGGGUAGUUGAACUUGGUUUACAAAUGGCUGAUCCGUCAACGUCAAAUGAUCAAAAAGAGUUGACAGAAAUAAAACUUGUCAAUUUGAUUCAUAGUAUUUCUACACGUUCAUUACCAAAUCCUGAAAAAAAUGAAGUUUUAUUAAAAGCUUUUGUUGUUCAUGCAAUCAAAACACAUCGAGAACGUUCUUCAACAACGUUAAGUAUGUUGAUGCUGUUGAAAAAAGCAUUAGCUGAAAAUAUUAAUUCAAAAGAAGCAUAUGCUUAUGCUAAUAUUAUUGGUCAACAAUUACUCGAUGAAUCAAUAAAAGAACAAAAACGAUGUCCAACAACUACUCCUGAACGAAAAGAUGAAAUAUCAACAAUCUCAGAUUUAAAUGGAAAUGGUCAAUUUGCUAAAAUGUGUACACUAGUCAAAACUGUAUUUGAAAAAAUAUCAACGUUACUAUUUGAUCAAGAAUCAAUGGCUAAAUUAUUGGAAUUUAUUUAUGGAAAAAUAGUUAGUGAACAAGAGCAAACACCUCUUUAUUAUGAAAAUAUCAAUCAACUAUUGAAGAUAUUUCUUCAACAUCCAUUUAUUUUCGAUCACACCGAUAUACAAACAACAUUGAGUAAAUUAUUAAAUUUACGAAUACUUGAAUUAGUUCCUAUGAUAUUGAAAAUAAUCGAGGUAUGUGCACCAUCAAUAAUUGCAAAAAAUCCAACAUUACAUACAUCAUUUCAGUCACAAUUGUUAGAAUUACUCAGUUUACAUCCUCCCAUUGUCAAACGUGUCAUUCAUUGUCUAUAUGCAUUAUAUCCAGAUACAAGAGAUAAAAUAUUUCAAAAAAUAAUCGAAGAUACUCUAUACGAUGAAAUCGAUGGUGAACAAUUGUUUGCGUCAAGAUUAGUUGCACUUGGUCAUAUGAUUUAUUUAGCUCCGUUAACAGUUGGCAGAAGCGGAAAACGUAUUCUAGGAAAGAUUUCAAGAUAUAUUUUGGACGAAAAUUCAGACAAAGAACACAAUUUUGCAUUGUUGCCCGAUGAACCAAAUACUGAUUCAGAAAUCGGUCCUGAAACUCGUGUGAAGCGUGAGUUGAUCAAAGCAAUGACACGGGCUGUUUGUGGUUUACAAGAUAAUUCAAUUGGACUAUUUCCUAUUGUGUAUAGAUUAAUUCGAAAAUGUAUAGAAGGAAAUGAUGAGGAUUUCGUUGGGCGCUUGAAUGAAGCAGAAGUUGCUUAUAUUCGAUUAUGUGGUCUGUCAUGUUUAUUACAAUUGAUAUGUAAUCCAUACUUUUAUCCCAAUAUAAUACCCGAUGAUUUUUUUCUAAUCUUAACAUUAUUAAGAGAUCCAUUAUCUCGAAUUCGUUCAAAAGCCUAUCGUAAACUAAUUGAUCGUUUACGUGAACCAACGAAUCCCGUUGAAUUAUUAGCACUCGUUGCAUUUGCUGCCAAAGAACCUGAACGAGAGCAUCGAGACCAAAUACGUCGAUCAAUGUUAACUGUCAUAGAUCAACGUCGUGAAUAUAUUAAAUUACAACUGUCAUAUAAAACAGCCACAAUUAAUGAUAUGGAAAGUGAAGAUGACAAUGCUUUAUUGAAUAAUAAUCAAACAUUAGGGAACAGAUCAACAAUUGAUUGUAAAUUGAAUCCAGAAUAUUCAUUAGCCUAUUUUAUUUAUUUUCUAUCAAAAUCACCAGCAUAUAUUUUACCUGAUGACAAUGAUUUAUUACAUACAAUGACCGAUUAUAUUCUAUUUUUAAUUGAUUCAUUAUUGUUACGUUGUGAUGCAACUGUUGGCCUAUUUUAUAAGGGUUUAUUACGUUCAAUUAAAUCAUCAGAAGAUGUUAAAAUAUCGAAGAAUAGAAAUGAUGCAUUAGAACGAAAAGAUUCAACAAAAAAGCUUCAUGUUUUAGCUGAUUUAACCUAUGUUAUACUAUCACAACGUGCAUCAUCCAUCAUGAUGUGUACGGCGAGUUCAGUCGUACCAUUACCAGAAAAUUAUUAUAAGAAAACAAAAUUUAAUCAUUAUUCGUGUUUACCGAAAGAUUUUAAAUUAAAGCUAUACAAACCAUCUACGAUGCCAACAAUAAUGAUGGCAGGCCAAACAGGUAAAACAACAAAAAAGUUGCUGUCAGCCGAUGAACGAAGUACAACACCAGAAGAAGACGGGAAAAGGAAAAAGAAAAUUAUGAGCGCCUGCGAAGAAGCAGCCGAUGAAACAAGUAUAACACCAGAAGAAGACGGAAAAAGGAAAAAGAAAAUUAUGAGCGCUUGUGAAGAAGCAGCCGAUGAACGAAGUACAGCAUCAGAAGAAGACGGGAAAAGGAAAAAGAAAAUUAUGAGCGCCUGCGAAGAAGUAGCCGAUGAAACAAGUACAACACCAGAAGAAGACGGGAAAAGGAAAAAGAAAAUUAUGAGCGCUUGCGAAGAAGCAGAAGACGACCAGCACGCGAUGAAACGAAAACGUACAACAAGCAGUGCUGAUUCUUCUUAUUCUGGCGAUGAGUCAAAUUCACCAAUAAUGAAAUCGAAAUGUCAGAUAAAAAUUUUCAAAUCUAGAAGACAAAAUCAUAUAAAUGACAAGGUGAACAGUGGUAGUGAUGACGAAAACACUAUCUAUUCGUUCAAUAAUGGUAAUAGAAAAAAAGGUGAAACUUCCAGUCCACUUCGACUUCCAACAACACGAAAGCGACAGACUAUUGUUGUACCAUCUCCACCUCAAUUACCAUCACCACAAGCAAAACACUUGUCAGGACGAAUGAAUACAUUGCAAACAAUGAGAGCUAAAACGACAGAAGAGGAAGAGGAGGAGCAAGUCACACCAUCACCACCGCGAAGAAACAGUGAAAUGAAGAAAAAUGGUUCGUCAGAUAUUACGAAGAAAAGCAUAAUAAAGACCAGGGAAAUUUAUAGUGAUGAGGAUGAAAUAACAACGAGUACGACAAAUGGUGAUACUGUUAGUGAUCGUAUCACUGAAAGUCAGAUAACAGUCACAGGAAGACAAUCAUCUCUAACUUCAACAAGAAUUGACCUAUCAGCAAGUAGUGAACAUAUCAAAUCGAAUUCAUUGAUUAAUAAUAAUAAUAAUACUACUAAGAACAAUGAAGAAGAAAAGAAAAAAGAUCGUUUUUUAACAAUACCAAAUGCACUAACAGUAGGACGAAUCCUGUGUACACCUCUAAUUGGUUAUUUCAUUGUAACGGAAUAUUAUACAUCAGCGUUGAUCCUAUUUUUAUCAGCUGGUAUGACUGACUUACUUGAUGGUUAUAUAGCAAGACGAUUUCCAUCUCAACAAUCAGCCAUUGGAAGCUUUCUUGAUCCAUUUGCCGAUAAAAUUUUGGUCGGUGUUGUUGUUAUUGCUGCCUGGUACAAAGCUUUGAUACCAUUAUGGUUAUUAGCAUUGAUAUUAGUUCGUGAUAUUGCUAUUAUGCUUGUAGCUGGUUAUAUACGAUUUAUAUCUGUUGAUAAACCACGAACAUUGAAAAAAGUAUUGAACAUGAAAGAGGCCACCGUCCAAUUAUAUCCAACAUUUGUUAGCAAAGUUAACACGGGUGUACAAAUUGGUUUAUUCACUCUUUGUCUUGCAAGUCCCGUUUUCAAUUAUCAACAUUCAGAUUGGAUGACAGUAAUCUAUUUGUUAUCGGCAGCAUCGACAGGUGUGUCUUGGUUAAGUUAUGUAGCACAAGGAAAACAAACAUUUAAGUUGCUUGGAAAGAAAAAUCCACCAUCGACUUAA